AUGCAUAUAAAUGUAGUUUGUGUGUGUGGUGUUGAAGUGAAGUCAGUGUCGGUCACAGAAGGAGAUUCAGUCACUCUAGAAUCUGCUUUAGCUGAAAUACAGAGCAAGGAUAUGAUAAUGUGGAGGUUUGGACCUCAAGAUUUUCUCUUAGCUAAAAUCAGCCGAGACGACAAUAAGGGUGAGAAUUUUGGUGAUGUUACUGAUGAGAAAAGCAGAGACAGACUGAAGCUGGACAAUCAGACUGGAUCUCUGACUAUCACAAACAGCAGAAUCUCAGACUCUGGACUUUAUACAGUGAGCAGCCGCACUAAAGGAGAUACGCCACUCCACACAUUCAACCUUACUGUCUAUGCUCAUCUUCCUGUUCCUGUCCUCAUCAUUACCUCUUCACAAAGUUCUUCAUCAGUGCAGUAUUGUUCAGUGUUGUGUUCAGUGGUGAAUGUGAGCACUGUGAGUCUCUCCUGGUACAAAGGAAACAGUGUAUUGAACAGCACCAGUGUGUCUGAUCUCAGCAUCAGUCUCUCUCUACCUCUGGAGAUUGACUGUCUGGAUGAUUCCUACAGCUGUGUGGUGAACAAUCCCAUCAGCAAUCAGACCACACAUCUCAACCUCUGUCAGCCAUGUUUAGACUGUAUCUGCUGUUAUGGGUCUACUGAAGCUGGGAUUCGACUGGCUCUCUCUGCUGUGGUGGCCGUGGCCACUGUUGCUGUGCUAUUUUGUGACAUUAGAUCCAGAAGUCAUCAGAAGAGAGUGAACUAAUUAAAGAUACUCCAAAAAUAACGAUUGUGUUAUUAAUUACCGACCACUAUGUAAUUUUAAACCCCUGAGAUCUUCAUUCAUCUUUAAAGCAAAAAUGAAGAUAUUUUAGGUUAAAUCUGAGAGUUCAAAGCCCAGAAAGAUAUCAAAAACAUCCUCAAUCCCUGUAGGCCUUCAGUGGUUCAGUCAGAAUGUUAUCAAGCUUUUGUGCAAACAUAUAACAAAACUAAUAACCUUAAUCAACAGUUUCUUUUCUUCAGUGUCAGUAUAGGGUGCACAUUCAUGAACAUUGUGGUGCUUAUCAUGUUGUGCUCGGUCAUGCUGCUGAUGUAUUACUUCAGAUGUGCCUUUGCUUUGUUUAAAAAAGAAAAAUAAGAAAAAAGGAAGUGACGUGUGGGGAUCAUCACUCUAGUGUUCAUAAACGUAGCCUAUACUGACACUGAGGAGAGGAAAUGUUGAAUAAAGUCAUAAUAUUUUGAUUAAACCUUUGAAUAAGCCAUGACCAUUGCUGUCUAUUUACGAUGAUGGAGCUCUCAGAUAUCAUCCAAAAUUUCUUAAUCUGUGUCCAGAGGUGAAUGAAGGUCUUGGGCAGUUGGAACUACAUUAUUUAUAACAGAAUCUUUUUUCUUUUCUUUUUAUUUUUGUGAACAACCCUUUUUUAAGGAUGGUGGAUGCAUUAUUUAAUAUAUUGCAUACAAUUAGUACAAAUCAGCUUUUUAAAAAAUACUGAUCCAUCAUGCAUUAAAUAUGAAAAACAUUUACAACUCUGGAUCAUGUUUUAUUGCUGCAAGAUUAGUCCAAAUUUAAUGUUAGUUUUACAUGACAUGCUCAGAGCACUGUUGUUGCACUAAAGGGAGAGACUGGUAGCUCUACAGCACAGAAAAUAGGUUAGAAAAGUUUUCCAGAUAAGAAUGAAUCUUAGUCUUUGUUGUUGGUGGCUGAAAACCUGUUUGACAGAAGUCACUGUGACUACAAAAUGUGUGUGGCAAGGCUAACUGAUAGAAAGUUUAAUAUUAUUAUAUAAAAACUUAAUCAUGAUAGUGUGUGGUUUUGUAACUUGAUUUUUCCAAAUAUGUUGUCAU